CGGAUUCGUUUUUAUCUGAUCGGGUUCGGUUCGGAUUUUCGGGUUCGGUUUAUUUGCCCAGCCCUAAUUUUGUGUAUAAAGUCUGGUCAAAGAUUAACUUUAAAUUAUUUUGACUAAAAUUAUAGAUUUUUUUACGUUUACGAUAAAUGCAUUUAAGAUGUCAAAUGUAUAAAGUAAUUAUUACAUUGAUUCCGGUAAUAUUUCUGGGUCAUUACUCUAACAAGAAUCAGUAAAGGAAUGUCUAUGUAAAAAGAUAUGAUACGAAAAUUAAAUUUGACAUGCUUCUAAGAAUGUAAUUUCAUUUUGAAUAACCGCUAAUUGACACAUUGAUUCCACAUUUAAUACUUCGUAACGUUUCAAGAUAUAAGACUGACCUUCACCGAUCACCAGUGUAUAUAAAUUAUUGAGUGUUUUCAAUUUUGAGACACAAAACAAAUAAAAUGUCAACUAUAAUUAUGAUGAAUCUGAUAUCUCUUCUGUUUUCAACAGCUAUAGUUCAUUCCAAUCAAAGUACAGUACCUCUCAGAUCAUUCAAGAUAAGUGAAAAUGUAACGUAUGAUUGCAUAGAUAUUUACAAGCAACCAGGGCUCGAGCAUCCUUUGCUAAAAACCCACAAAAUUCAGAGGAAAUCAUCAAUUUCAAGAAAUGAGUUAAAGAUGCAAACCGGCAAAAAUGAAACGUCUAACAAAAGGAAAAUAGUAUGUCCAAAUGGAACUGUUCCCAUAUUGAGAAAUACAAAAGAAUAUGUCACAAAUUCGCAAGUGUUUGCUGAGAAACAUUUUCAUCCGUUAUCAGCCGAUAGUCCUGGAACGCAUAUUGCUGGAGUAAGAUCAUCCAUUGGUCCAUUUCGGGGUGUACAAGCUUGGUUUAGUGCAAAUGCGCUAAACGUGGGAAAGGAUCAAGUCUCGUAUAGUCAUAUAUAUAUAGGCAGUGGAUCGGAAAACCAAGUCAAUUAUAUCUCAGCGGGUUGGACAAUAAAUCCAGGUCUAUAUGGCGACCAACGUGUUUGGGCAUUUGGAUUUUGGAAGGGUAAGGAUGGGAAAGGAUGUUACAAUACCGCAUGUUCAGGGUUUGUUCAAGUAUCAAAGGUGAUUCCAAUUGUCGAGCCCAUUGAUCUUAAGCCAGGGGUCCCUGGCUGGUUUCGAUAUUUCAUUCAUCAGGAUAUAAAUACAGGAAACUGGUGGAUUACACAACUUAUGCAAAAGUCACCUGAUGUAGAUAUUGGUUACUGGCCAAAAGAAUUAUUUAACCUUUUAGAAAAUGGUGCAAAUAUGGUUGGAGUUGGUGGUGUGGUUCAGGCUUCACGUUCUGGUUCAAGCCCUCCCAUGGGUAAUGGUAAUUUUCCAAAUGGAGGCCGCCUAGAUUCAGGACUUUUUUCAAAUAUUGAUGUCUUGAAUUCCAACUAUGAGCAGCGUAAAAUAAAUUCUUUUCCUGUAGAGAAUUUGUUAGAUAGUGAGAAAUGUUAUGGGCUAAGAAUUGGUACGGUAAAACCAUUCCAUCGUAAUCAUCUAGGUUUCUUCUUCAAUUAUGGUGGUCCGGGAGGGAAUUCAUGUGGAGUAUGACAUUUGCCAACAUAUAUACUCUUUAAAUUGGCAUUUUAUAAAUUUAUUAUAAAUUAGUAAAAUGCAAA